AUGAAAUUUUCAUCUACCAUCUUAUUUACUUUGUUGAAUUCGUACUUGGCUUCCUGUCAGCCAGUUCCUGAGGUUCAUACUGUAUUUGUUACUCAUUACACUACUAUUCAAUCGACUGUCAUAAACGGUGAGCCCACUUCCAUUGCAGUUGCUGAAGACACCGAAGCCAGAGUUACUUCGUCUUCAAAAGAACCAUCUGAGACAGAGGGUGCCAAUUUAGCUAACAAUGCCAAAGAACUCGCUACCUCUGCUUCUUUAGCCGCCACUGAUGCACAAACCGUUAGCCAAGCUGCUGCCAAUACUGAGGUCGCUACUAGUCCUUCUCCAGCCACUGGAGCAUCGACUAGCUCUACCUCUACAGGGACUUCACUGCCAUCUUCAGGAGAUCACUCCGGUGAAGGAACCUUUUACUCGACUGGAUUAGGUGCCUGUGGUGAAACCAACCAAGACACUGACUACAUCGUCGCUGUUUCUCAUAUAUUAUACGAAAACAACCAAGUUAAUGGUAACUCGAAUGACAAUUCUUUGUGUGGCAAGAAAAUAAAGGCAUCCUAUGAAGGUAAAUCGGUCGAAGUUACCGUAGUUGACUCUUGCGAGGGAUGCGCUGAGAACGACUUAGAUUUUUCACCAAGUGCAUUUUCACAGAUCGCUGACCAAAGUUUAGGAAGAAUCGAUAUUACUUGGGAGUGGGUCAAUUAG